AUGAUUUGCGCUCAUCCCUUCCCCCUCCCCCUUCCCCCUCGGGCAGUGGUGGGGUUGGAGCCGCACUCAGUGCUGCCCAUCGGCCUGGCGGCGCUCAUGGAGCAUCCCAUGUUCGUCCACGGCUACGCCGGCGCCACGUCAGCGCUCUUCCGCGUGCCGCUGCUGCGCCAGUUCUGGCAGUGGGUGCGCACGGCGCCCGCCACGCGUCCCACCCUCACGCGCCUGCUCAAGCGCGGGUGCACCGUGGUCAUCAUCCCGGGCGGCGUGCAGGAGUGCGUCUUCAUGGCGCCCGGCAGGGAGGUGCGCCCAACUCAUACAUGGGUGCAGGGGGGAGGUGGCAUGUGCGGGAAGGUAGCGUGUGAGGGAAAGGUGGCGUAUGGGGAGAAGGAAGAAGAGGUGGCGUUUGUGCGGCAGCGCUUUGGCUUCAUCCGCCUGGCGCUGGAGCAGGGGGUGCCCGUCGUGCCCUGCUUCGUCUUCGGCCAGACCACGGCGUACCACUGGUGGAAGCCGCAGGGUGCAUGGUACCGGGCGAUGGCACGGCGCCUGGGGUUUGCGCCGAUUGUGUUCUGGGGCAUGUGGGGGUCGCCCAUCCCCCUGCGCAACCCCAUGACCAUCGUCUUCGGCAAACCCAUUGCCGGCGGGGACCCCGACCCCAACCCUUCCAAAGAACGGGUGGCGGAGGUGCAUGCGCAGUACGUGGCGGCGUUGGAGCACCUCUUCCUCACCUACCGCGCCCAGGCGGGCUUCCCCCACACAGAGCUCCAGAUCAUCCCCACUACCCCUCCCCUUUCCCCAGCCACUACAUGUGUUCUUCCCAUUCUGCACUGCCUCCCAUCUCACCACAUGGCCUCUGAAGCACUCACCGUGCUCUCCCUCCUCUGCACUGCUGCCCUCACGGCCUCGGCCAACGGCGCGCUGCCAGCUGUGUACAGGCUCGUGACGCGCCCGGGCCUGCCCGCCCUGCCAGUCCGGCCCACGCGUCGACUCCCCAUCCUGGAGCGUUCACUCCCCAUACAAUAUUCGGGUAACGAGGAGAAGAGGGGUGAGGAGGUGUGCCGGAGGGUUGAGGGGGGGAGAGUGGAGGCAGGAGAUGGGGAGAGCGGGGGAGGGGGAGACUGGAGAGCGAUGAUGAUGGGAGUGAAGGAUGGGGUGGAGGAGCAGGAGGACGGCAACGAAGGAAGGGGGGAGGGUGAGAGUGCAGGGGGAGAGGAUGGGUGGAGUGAGGAGAGUGAGGAGAGCGAGGAGGAUGAGACGCCUCUGUGGCAUCUGUGGCAGAUGCAUAUCGACGGGCAUGUGCAUGGGCAUGUGGAUGGGCAUGUGGAUGGGCAUGUGCAUGGGCGUGUGGAUGGGCGUGUGGAUAUGGGGCUUGCUGCGAUGGCUUCGGAUGGUGGGGAGAGUGCGAGUGACACUGACAUGGAUGAGGGGGAGGAGGGGGAGGAGGAGGAUGAGGAGGAGGAGGAGGAGGAUGAGGAGGGUGAGGAGGGUGAGGAUGAGGAGGAGGACGAGGACUAUGAGGAGUGGGGAGGAGAGGAAGCUGGGGUUGUGGAUGGGGAUGGCGAGGAGGGGGGAGGAGAGGAGAGGUGGGGAGUGCAGCGCGGAGAGGCUGGGCGUUCACAGGUGCAGCUGAGGCUGCUGCAGACUCUGUUUGGACGGGGGUUGGGCGGCGGGACGAGUGAGAGUAGUAGUGGGGAUGAGGGUACUGAGGAGAGUGAGAAUGAGGAGAGUGAGAGUGAAGAGAGUGAGAGUGAGGAGAGUGAGAGUGAGGAGAGUGAGGGGAGCGAUGAGGAGAAUGAGGAGAGUGAGGAGAUGGAGGGAGAUAGUGAGGACGAGAGUAAGGAUAGUGAGGGCAAGAGGGAGGGUGUAAAUGACAAAGAGGGAGACAGCGAGAGUGGGGAGAGUAAGGGAGGGGGUGCAGACCUGAGUGAUGGGGAGGGCGGGGGCAUGGCAGGGGAGGGGAGUGGGGCGGGCGAGCACUGUGCGCGUGCUGCUGGUGCUGGCAGGCGGGGCGCUGAGGAGGAUGCAGUGGAUAUGGAGAUGGGCGGGGUGGGGGGGCGGGGGAUUCAUGGGCGAUGGUGGGGAGGUGGAGUGGAAGACGAGAGAAAGGCUGUGGAAUGCCGCAUUGAUGGCUCUGAUGGCGCACUGGCAGCAAACUUGGCGGCGGUGGUGGCAGCAGCACAGAGGGUUGAGCGGGAGGGAGCAAGUGUGCGGUGUCCACACGGCAGCCGGCACUGCCUGGCCUUGCUGCCUGCAUGGUGGGGGGAGAGGGAGGAGAGGGAGGGCAGGGAGGGCAGGGAGGGUAGGGAAGGAGGUUCAGAGACAGAUGCUAGUGGGUGUGUGAUGUUGGAUGCAGAGACUGGCAGGGGCGAUGGUGGCAAGGGACAAGUUGGUGUGGAGGACGAGUGUGGUGUCAGGAGCUGUGGUGCGAGGUGCAGUGCGGUGGCUGUGUGGGAUGCACGUGAGGGGAAGGGCGCAGAGAGCGGGCAGGUGAUGAGGCGGCAGGGUGGGGCAAAGCGGAAGGCGGAGGAAAAGGAGAGGGAGGGGGUGGAGCGUGAGGGAUGCAAGAGUGGUGCUGUGGCUGUGUGCUGGGAGAGGGGCAAGGAUACGUCAGUGGCAGGGGAAGAGAGGUGUGGGGGGAACAUACGGGGGAAUGGGCGAGGGCUGGAAGAUGCGUGUGGAGGGGAGGGAACGGCAGCAGCAGGUGCAUCGGCAUCACAGGCAGGGGCAGAGAAGGGUGGGUCGGAGAAGCAAGGGGCAUGGAGGGCAGAGAAAGUGGAGGCACUGAGGGAGGAGGCCCGGCAGGAGCAGCGCCUGCUGUGGCGGCGCUGCCUGCACCUGCUGGCUCUGCUCUCCUCUGAUUGGACGGCCUGCUCCCACAUGGUGCAUGCCGGCCUGAUGCCUGCCCUGCUGCAAGCCAUUGCCCGCCACCCCUGGCAGCGCCACCCUGAGAUGGGCGCUGAGGGCACUGGGGUCACUGUGCUGGGCAGAGCCAGGGAGGGAGCGGCGGCGGUGGAGGUGGUGAGCAACGUGGUGAGGGUGCCGUGGCUGAGGCACACGGCUGCAGAGGCAGGCGCGCUGGCAGUCAUGCAGAGGGCAGCACGGCUCAUGCAGGGGCGGGGUGGGGUGGUGCAUGGUGAGGCGAGGAGGCGUGCAGUGCAGGCAGCGAUGCGGCUGUGCGAUGUCAAGUAUGCCGUGCAUGGGUGA